UUUGUAGUAAAUUUAUGAGAGUUGUUAUCCAGGCAAAGAUACCAAAAACAACCCGUCACGUGUGAGGAGGCAAUUUGGCGCGUUGAGUUUCUCGGCGGCGUGCCGAUCUGACACGUGCGAGGCAUUCCAUUUGUUUUUCACAAACACUCCCUCCGGUUUUUUCUAUCUAUCCUUCGCCAUUUUGUAGAAUAACAAAUAAAUUUUCUUCUUCUUCUUUCUUUUCUUUUCACAUCGCGACUUUUUCAAAACCCUCUCCCCUUUCCAUUUCUCCUUCCUUCUUUUUCCUUCCCACGACUAUGGCCGAGCAGCUCACCGACGAUCAGAUCUCCGAGUUCAAGGAGGCCUUCAGCCUCUUCGACAAGGACGGCGAUGGCUGUAUCACCACCAAGGAGCUUGGGACUGUGAUGAGGUCACUUGGCCAAAAUCCAACUGAAGCUGAAUUGCAAGACAUGAUCAAUGAGGUGGAUGCUGACGGAAACGGAACCAUCGACUUCCCAGAGUUCCUGAAUCUGAUGGCUAGGAAGAUGAAAGACACUGAUUCAGAGGAGGAACUGAAGGAAGCCUUCCGUGUGUUCGACAAGGACCAAAAUGGUUUCAUUUCUGCAGCUGAACUCCGUCACGUGAUGACAAAUCUCGGCGAGAAAUUGACUGACGAAGAAGUCGAUGAGAUGAUUCGUGAGGCUGACGUGGAUGGCGAUGGCCAGAUUAACUACGAGGAAUUCGUAAAAAUCAUGAUGGCCAAGUGAGACAAAACCAACCAAACACGAACAAGAACCUAACGAAGCUAAUAAGAAGAACCGGAAAGGAGAGAGGUUAGCGUCAAAAUAUGUUCCAUGACAACUAUAAUAUCCUUCUUAAUGGGGCAAUUCUAUCUCUAGGAGAAACCCUUCUUUUCUUUUGGUGUUUAUUAUUAGCUUUAGUUGUUGGUUCUUUCUGUUAUCUUAAUCUCUUUGUUUGCAUAAUUUAUGGUACUGUAUUUUCUGGUA